UUAAGUAUUAGUUUGUUGUUGUAAGUAGUAGUGAAUGCUCUUGUCGCUGUAUUAGUGGCAGUGUUACUAUUAGAAUUAAUAUUAGUAUUGGUAUUAGUGGCAGAAGUAGUAGAAGUAGUAGUCGAGGACGACGACAAGUGGACGGGGGAAAAAUAGAGAGACAGUAUGAUAAGCUUCAACAUAACAUUAGUUCGCUCGCUUUUCAUUUGUCGUUUACCAUCAUCGACUGAAAGAUCUAUUCUGUCUAUUUAUCCAACACACAACUGAAUUAUGAUACACACUGAGGAAAAAAGUGCCGCUUGAGGUUUAAAAUCAGUACUGUGGUGGAAUAUAAAGGAAAAUAAAUAAAAAUAAGUAUUUAUAAAUUCUUUUAAGUGAUAAAAAUAAAAAAGUAAAAAUGAGGAAUGAUAAUUCAGUGACUGAAGUGGUGGGACAGCGUCAUCACGUGGAUUCGGUUGUUUUGUUGCGGUAGGAAAUAGCCGGAAGUGGGGAAAAGUGGGGAGUUGUAGAAGAGGAAGAGGUAGAAGAGGCAGUAGAGAGCAAAGGGGUGAAGAAAUAAGUGAACAAGUCAGUUAAGAAGGAGAAUAUUAAAAGAAGAAUAAGUGAGGUCUUUUUCUCUCUCGCUGGCUCUUCUCGCUCUCACGCCCGCGCUCCUCCGCGAUACGAGGAAGAUCCGGAAGUCGUUGGUGCUAGUGCCGUGCGUACCGCCGGAAGAGUGGGAAGAGGAGAGCUCGUUGAGUCGGAGGAGGAGAGCAUUGAGCGCCGCUACACCUAGCUAGCUGAGAGUGAUAGCGCGCUUCUCUCUCUCCCGCAGUUGUCGUGUUGCCAGUCGGUCUCUCACCGUCCGUCGUCGUCGUCGUCAUCGCCGCCACCGCCGUCUUCGGCGCACUAUCCUAAAUAUCGUCUACUUAAGGACACUCGUUAUUUGUUAAUUAAUUGAUGAUAAAUUGUCAAUUGUGAUUGUUGAUAGCGAAGUGCAUCUGCGGGCUCAAUUUAAAGUUUUUAAAAUGAAUUCAUUAGAAUGUUGGUUAUAAAAUAAUAUUUUUCAGUGAGUUUAAGUUUUUAAAGUUUGAGCUGGCUCGGAACGUUUCGUAAAAGGAUUACAAAAUCGUCGAGGGACACUUGGAGAGAGAACGGGGAAAGGAAAAAAGAGUGAAGCCUACGAGGGAAAGUCUACGUUGCGGCACACUCUACACUCUGUCGCUGGCUGUGUUUAUUUGUGCGUUCUGUGUGAGUGGAUUUUUAAAAUGUUUGUAUCUACGUAUGAGUGUCUUUAAUUUUUCAUUUUUAUUCUUUUAUUUUAUUUCAUUUCGUCUUCAACUUAAUGGACAAAGUGAAAACGAACACGGAAAAAAUAAGUUUAGGGCUGGUUGGCAGACUUUUGCUCAGUGGAUAAAGUGGGGGCUCACAAGUUUAAUCAAAGUUGGAUUGGUUACAGUAUCAAGUGGAAGUGGAAUUUGAGUGCCAGUGGAGGGAAAGAAAAUUCAAACAAGUUGUAGUUGUUGAAGACAAACAACAAGAAGAAGAAGAAGAAAAAGAAAAUCAAGUACUAGUAUAAGAAGAAUAAGAUAAAGACAAAAGAGAAUUUGAAGUUGAGGCCAAAGUUAAGGUUGUCGAAGAAGUAGUAGCUGAUGAGUUGUUAAUAAAAAAAUUGUGUACGCGUGCGCGGUUGCAAUAAGCGCGUUGUUGAGGAAUUAAAAGUCCGCUUAAAAAGGUUAGCGGGAUAAAAAAAGUCGCGCGAAAGGAUAAGAGAAAGGAAUAAGAGCCUUCGAAGUCCUUGAGAGCACCCAGCGGGUAAAAGUGCUGCUGCUGCUAUUGCUCUUGUUGUUGCUGUUAGCUAUUGCUGCCGAUGCUGAUGGAGCCAGCCGGCUGACCCUGGACAACUCACACACAUCACCGAGGGCCUUAUCAUUAUUAUUAUUGUUAUUGUUAUUAUAAUUACUAUUGUUGUUAUCGGUAGCAGUAGUGGUGUGAAAUUCAAAGGAAUAAAAAUUUCUUCACAAAAAAGUUUGUAGAAAAAACAAGAAAAGUUGAAUAAAAAAAAAAUCUAUGUCUUGUGGUCAUAUGCAGUCGUUGACACACUGGAUCGCGGACGCAAAUACUCUGAGGAAUUCAAAGACCAGAGACAACUUGAGUGAGAUUGAUCACAACAAGGGAUUUUAAGUGAAAAAAUCGAUAAAUAUGGAUACGUCGUGUGUUGAUAUUUUCCGGAGGGAAAAAAAAAAUUAUAAAUUAAAGUGAAUAGAGUGUGAGGUGAUGAUUUAUAAUUUUGUUGGUUUUAUUUUAUUAUUUAAUUUAAGUUUAAUAACAUAAAGUGGUAAGUGAUCUCGAAAAUAGUGAUAGCAUAAUUUCGGAGGGCACAAAUUUUGUUGAAUAACAAAUAAUAAAAAUAUACUUCAAUGUACGUCACGUGCUGCUGUUGGCAAUGCACGAUCUCGGAUCACAAAGUCUCGUGGUCAAUUGAGAAGGAUUUUAAUAAUUAUUAUCGACGUAAUUAUUGUUAUUAUUAUAAUUGUUACUGUGAUUGUGAUUGUUACUGUCGUUUUACUGUAUUGAAGAUGAUGAGAAACACUUCGAGAGAGUCUUAACGAUUUUGGAGUAUUAUAGAUUUUUUUUCGUUGCCCGUUGGAUUUUAACGUUUAAUUAAUAACGCUGUACAAUUGACGGAGGAUUUAUUGAGACGAUGUAUACGGACGGUCUGCUGACUCUCCAUUAUGGGAAACAUCCCGCAACCUUGGCUGCAGAGGUCGGGGCAUGGUACAGUGGGGAUCGUCAUGUUGACGUGACCCUGGCUUGUGACGACGGCUCCGUCGUCAGGGCUCAUCGGGUCGUAUUGGCCGCAGCUAGUCCUUUCUUGGCUAGUCUUCUUCGUAACCCGGCAUUGGAUCACGUAGUCCAUUUGUCUGGUGUCAGGAGAAUACAGCUUAUUCAUCUACUUGAGUUUCUUUACAAUGGAGAAGCUCUUAUACCCUCAUCAGAAUUAACACCACUGAGAGAAUUAUUUGAACUCUUACAAAUAAAAUCGGAAUCAUUUGAUCCAAAUCAACCACAAACAUCAACAGAUUCAGAUUCAUUAAGGAUACCAACACCACAACCUUCGGAAAGUCAAGAGAGUUCUAGUUAUGAAUCUCAGUACGACAGCAGGUCGCAAUCAAAUAAUCCAGCAGACUGCUGUUCAGUGCUAAUUAAAAGCGAAGGCUGUGAUGAUGAUCCAGAGCAGGAUGUUGAUGUUGAGGGCGUUGAAGGUGAUACGAUACUAACAGAUAAUGGCGAGAGCAGUAUUGAGCCACCAAGAAGAAGGGAUAGCUCGGAUCCAGUUAACCUUAGUCUUAAUUCUGGUACCUCGACUAAAAGUGAUGGAUCGCAUGAAAUUUCCCACUUGCGGUCGGAGAAGACGCUGCUGGAGAGGCGAGAGUCACUAGAGGAAGCGGAAGAGAGAAGAAGACAGUUAGCGGCGCGACUGUCUCUCGGAUUGGAGCCGGGAAAAAGAAAACCCGAGGAGAUACCUUUGCCUCCUGCGGAGGCAUAUGUCGUUACGCCGCAUCGAAAACGUAGACCGGGAUUCCACAAUGCACCUGCACAAAAUCCGGCAUUCGUGCCAUUUAAUCCGGGAUUUGAGACGCCGAGGAGGCUAGCUGCGCCACAUCCACUCAGUGUAUCUGCUCCACCCUACCUGGACAGGUCAGUUACACCACCAGGAGCAUCACACAGACCACCAAGUGCCGACCCAGCAUCUGCGGGUGGUCUAGAACCACCGUGGGGUGCAUGGACACUACCCCCAGCGCGAGCACCACCGCCUCCCUCGGCCGAAGACCCGCCAAAAUGUACGCCCGUACGCGAGUACCGCUGUACCUACUGCGGGAAGCAGUUCGGUAUGUCGUGGAACUUGAAAACUCACUUGCGAGUACACACUGGCGAAAAACCAUUCGCCUGUCGCCUCUGUGUCGCCAUGUUCAAGCAAAAAGCUCAUCUACUGAAGCACCUUUGCUCUGUACACAGAGGCGUUAUUGCAGCCCCGGACAAUACAUUCACAUGCUGUUUCUGUUCCCUCAGUUUUGACAGCCUCCAAGAACUCAUACGACAUCUCUCUGGACCACACAAUAAUCUUCUGUUAAGUAAAAACCUUCACGACUAACGACAGUACUAAAGAUCUACCGGAAUAAAAAUAAAUUCGCUGAUAAAUUGACUCUGAUUCUUUAAAAUAAGAGCCUAUGAAAUAUUUAUUUAUUUAUUUUUUUCAUUCAAUCAAUCAAUUAAAUGAAUAAAGUAAAAAAAAAAACGAUACCGGUACGAUCUUUUAAAUACAAAUAAACAUUGACAAUAAAUUAAAACUCAAAUAUUAAUUACGAGAUUAUUUAUGCGAGCGAUGAAAUUAUUACCUCAGAUAAAAAUAUAUACUUCAUUGUAUUAAUGAAUUUUAAAAAUAAUUAAAUUUUAUCUGAGUAUGUAAUAAAUUUCGAGCACGAAUUUAAUAAAAGUAAUGAUAAUAAUAAUUUAAUAAAUUAAAAAAAAAAAGUAUUGAGUAGUCUAAUAGAAGGAAAAUAAAAUAAAAUUGUCGUAAGAUUUAAUUAUAAAUCUCACCGGACAAAUCACUUGUUUGAGCAAUUAAUUUAUGAGAUAAUUAUUAAUAUAAUGAAUAUAAAAUAAUAAAAUUUAAACAUUUAAACUGUAAAUGUUUGAAUAAAUAUUUAAGAUUCUCUUGUAAAUAAUGUUACAUAAUUUUAGAUAAAAAAAAAAAUAAAUGGACAUUAUUAAUUAUUUAUUUAUAAUAAUUAUACAAAGGGACCAACCGACUUUCCACCGAUUUUUUCGUCUUAAGUAGUUAGUAAUUAUUCCUGCCUAUCGUAUCGUUAAAUUACAGUACAGUAGUGAGCUUUUAACUCGUGUGAAAAUGAGUAAUUAUUAUUUUUAUUAAUUAAUUUUCUUCAUCAAAGUAAUGAUAAUAUUUUUCGUAAAUGAUAACCACCGAAUUCACAACCUCACGUUUUAAAAAAGCUGUUGCUUUAAUUAUUAUUUAAUAAAUAAUUAUUAUUUUUUUCAUUUUAUUUCUAUUAAUAAUUGUAAUAAAGUUUAAUUAGAUUAUUAAAAUGUUAUGUACCUGAAGAUCAGAACGUUUUUCGUGAAACGAAAAUCAAAAAACAAAAUGAAAAGUAAGAAAUCUACUGGAUCUAGAGUUUUGAAAUGUUUCGUACAUGCGCUAGUAUCUCAGCCGAAAAUUGCAGGCCACCCCAACUACCCCUUAAGCAGUAAAUUAUACAAAUUUUUCAUUUUCGUUGCGCGAAAAACGUUCCGAUCUUCAGGUACAUAAAAUGUUGUAAAACUUUGUGACCUGCAUGCGACGUAUGUGCCUUGUUGGGUCCAAAUUAGGUCGAUUGGGCAGUGAUUUCAUGUGUUCAUAGGCUUAAGUGUGUACGAAAGAAUGCCCGCUUUAAUUACGUCGAUUAAAUAGGCAGGUUAAUUAAUUAAUUAAUUAAUUAAUUUUUUAGUUAUUAAGUAGAUUUAGAUUUUAAUAGGCAUAUAUAAAUAUAUACAUAUAUAGACAUUUAUUUAUGUAUAUAUAUGGAUAAACAUAGCGGUAAGCCCAAUUAAUUACAUAAUUGUAACGGUGACAUAACUUUGACGCAGGCCGUCAGGAUUUUUUUUUAUUAUUAAACCUUCAGGUGCCUUUAAUUAAUUGGCCUUUUUUUAUUUAAAUUUUUCGAUGUCCGUUAAUUUCUUUUCUUUUUUUUGUCCCCAAAUUAACCGUUAAUUAGCAAUCGAUAUUUAAAAAAUUAGUUACUUUUUUUUGUAAAAAAUAAAAUUCGUUUUUAGAAUUUUAUUUUAUGAAAUUUAAUGUACAAAGAAUGUGAAUAAUUGGUUGAGAGUGGGAUAAAUUUUUUAAAUUAUAAGAGGCAAUAAGUACAAGAAUUUAUAAAAAAACACUAAUCGUGCCGCGAAACACCCCAGCAGAAUGCAUAAUUAAUAGCGCACAUAAUAUACAUAUUAAAUAAAUAAACAAUAAAUAAUGAUAAUUAAUAAUAAUAAUAAUAAUAAUUAUAAUUAUUUUAUCUUCCGAAGCAGUACACCAAAGAUAUGUUCGUAGGACCGUUUCGAGUGGAUAAGUAAGUUAUUUUUGAGUUUGUUGUAAUUAUAAAAAAAAAAAAAAUGUAAUGUGGAAAGUAAAAUAAAAUUGAUAUAAAAAGAAAUGAUUUAAAAAAAAAAAAGCGACGAGACCUGAGUUAAAUCUUGUGGAUUUUUCUAUACGACGCCUACGACAGAUCGUUGUACACUCAUAUUUAAAAUAAAUGAUAAGAAAAAUAAAAAAUUU